AGACUGUUGGAGAGCUCCGGGGGAGGUCGCCCACAUCCUUCAGGAUGAAAGCUGCAGUGUUGGCUGUGGCCCUGGUCUUCCUGACAGGUUGCCAAGCUUGGGAGUUCUGGCAGCAAGAUGAGCCCCAGUCCCAAUGGGACAGGGUGAAGGAUUUCGCCACUGUGUAUGUGGAUGCAGUCAAGGACAGCGGCAGAGACUAUGUGUCCCAGUUUGAAUCCUCCACUUUGGGCAAACAGCUGAACCUGAAUCUCCUGGACAACUGGGACACUCUGGGUUCAACUGUUGGUCGCCUACAGGAACAGCUAGGCCCAGUGACUCAGGAGUUCUGGGCUAACCUGGAGAAAGAAACAGAUUGGCUGAGAAACGAGAUGAACAAGGACCUGGAGAAUGUGAAACAGAAGAUGCAGCCCCACCUGGAUGAAUUCCAGGAGAAGUGGAACGAGGAGGUCGAGGCCUACCGCCAGAAGCUGGAGCCUCUGGGCACCGAGCUUCACAAAAACGCGAAGGAGAUGCAAAGGCAUCUAAAGGUUGUGGCCGAGGAGUUUCGAGACCGCAUGCGUGUGAAUGCAGACGCGCUGCGCGCAAAGUUUGGGCUCUACAGCGAUCAGAUGCGCGAGAACCUGGCCCAGCGCCUGACCGAGAUCAAGAACCACCCUACCCUGAUCGAGUAUCAUACCAAGGCCAGCGACCACCUGAAGACACUUGGUGAGAAAGCCAAACCCGCGCUGGAUGACCUGGGCCAGGGCCUGAUGCCGGUGCUGGAAGCCUGGAAGGCCAAAAUCAUGAGUAUGAUCGAUGAGGCCAAAAAGAAGCUGAACGCUUAGUGAGGCGCCCGUCACCACUCCCCACCCCUGAAUUGGCUUUCUUACAAUAAACGUUUCCAAAGUGG